UCCAUCUCCCCUUUCUCCCCAUCUCUCCUUGUCUCCCCUCCCUCUUUCUUUUCCUCCCUCCCCUGUCCCCCACCUCUUCCCGGUCUUCCUCUCCCUCUCUCUCCCUCCCAGCCACAGUCCGCACAGCCUGGCGCGCGGGCGUGUGCUCCCAGCGCCGCUCCUUCCGUGAGCCCCGCGCUGGCGCAGCCGCCGCCGCGGGCGGGCGCGAUGCCGGGAUGGGCCUGAUCUGGCUUCUGCUGCUUAGCUUGCUGGAACCGGGCUGGCCCGCGACGGGGCCCGGGACACGGCUGCGGCGGGAUGCGGGCGGCCGUGGGGGCGUCUACGAGCACCUCGGCGGGGCGCCCCGGCGCCGCAAGCUCUACUGCGCCACCAAGUACCACCUCCAGCUGCACCCCAGCGGCCGCGUGAACGGCAGCCUGGAGAACAGCGCCUACAGCAUCCUGGAGAUUACUGCGGUGGAAGUGGGCGUGGUGGCCAUCAAAGGGCUCUUCUCUGGGCGGUACCUGGCCAUGAACAAGAGAGGACGGCUGUAUGCUUCGGAGCACUACAAUGCAGAGUGUGAGUUCGUGGAGCGGAUCCAUGAGCUGGGCUACAAUACUUAUGCCUCCCGCCUGUAUCGCACAGGGCCCAGUGGGCCAGGGACUCGGCGGCAGCCUGGUGCCCAGAGACCAUGGUACGUGUCUGUAAAUGGCAAGGGUCGGCCACGCCGGGGCUUCAAGACCCGCCGCACACAGAAGUCCUCCCUCUUCCUACCCCGAGUGCUGGGCCACAAAGACCAUGAGCUGGUGCGGCUGCUGCAGAAUGGCCAGCCACGAGCUGCAGGAGAGGGCAGCCAGCCCAGACAGCGGCGGCAGAAGAAGCAGAGCCCAGGAGACCAUGGCAAGAUGGAACCCUUGUCUCCUGGGGUCGUUCCAGGCACCCAUCUGGAGACAGGUGAACUGGCUGUGGCCUAA